AUGGCUUGGGGCUGGAGAGGCACCUUCAUCCACUCCUCUCCUCCACAUAAUCUCCUUGGGAACAAGGUGCAUCUCCAGCCCCAAGCCAUGUCCUGCUACACCCCGUGCCGGCCCUGCCAGCCCUGUGGCCCCACCCCGCUGGCCAACAGCUGCAAUGAGCCCUGUGUCAGGCAGUGCCAGGACUCCCAUGUGGCCAUCCAGCCCUCGCCUGUGGUGGUGACCCUGCCUGGCCCCAUCCUCAGCUCCUUCCCACAGAACACCGCCGUGGGAUCCUCCACCUCUGCUGCUGUUGGCAGCAUCCUCAGCUCUCAGGGAGUGCCCAUCAGCUCUGGGGGCUUUGGCCUCUCAGGCUUGGGCAGUGGCCUCUGUGGCAGGAGGUGCUUCCCCUGCUAA